CUGCGAGCAGUAGUCCGAGCUUUAAUACAAGCAGAAGAAACGUCGGUGUGUCUCUCCUGUCCUCUGUCCCCCUGUCUCUGGGUCCAACAUGUCCAGACUCCAGGGCCUGAAGACUUUCAUCAACAAGCGGCUCACCGCGGCAGUGGAGGACAUCUUUGGACAUCUGGAGAGGACAAUAACCGAGUAUGAAGAGGACAUGGACCGCCGCCACCGGAAGCUGCUGGAUAAAAUCAAACAGCGGACAGAAGCAGAUGUCCAGCAGCAGCAGUUGGUUAAAGAAGAGGUUCCCCCUGAGCAGCAGGAGUGGAGCUCCAGUGUGGAACAGGAGGACCCAGAGCCCCCACACAUUAAAGAGGAAGAGGAGGAACUGUGGAGCAGUCAGGAGGGAGAGCAGCUUCAAGGGCUGGAGGAGGCUGAUAUCACCAAGUUCACAUUCACUCCUGUCCCUGUGAAGAGUGAAGAUGAUGAAGAGAAACCUCAGUCUGAGGGACACCACUGUGGAGGACCAGUUGGGGGGGCCAAGGCGUCAGACCUCUCUGAACCCGAGACUGAAGUCAGUGAUGAUGACGAUGAUGAUGAUGAUGAUGAAGAUAAGGAGACCAGAGAACCUCCGUCAGGUUUAAACUCUCUGAAAAAUGACGUUCCAGUUGGCGAUGACGGACAUGAUGGCAGCAGGAAGUCUUUUAUCUGCUGCGAAUGUGGACGAAAGUUUGGUCGUAAGGACAGUCUGAGACGACACAUGAGGUUCCACACAGGAGAGAAACCGUACAGCUGCUCCGUUUGCGGGAAACGUUUCUCCCAACGGCCAAAUCUAAUCCGUCACAUGAGGUGUCACUCCGGAGAGAAACCCUUCAGCUGCUCCUUCUGCGACACCAGCUUCGCCGUGCGGAGUGCGCUGGUGAACCACCUGAGGAUCCACACCGGGGAGAAACCGUUCAGCUGCUUGUUCUGUGACAAGAGCUUUACACAGAAGGGCGGGCUGAAGAAACACAUGACGGUGCACACGGGGGAGAAACCAUACAGCUGCCCCGUGUGCGAGAAGAGUUUCUCUCAGAAGGCAAACCUGACGUAUCACUUCUCCGUACACACGGGACAGAAACAGUUCAGCUGCAGUGUGUGUGAGAAGAGGUUCACGUGGCAGUCACAGGUCAAGAGUCACAAGUGUGUUGGUGAGAGCAGCAGUGGCUCCUGAAGCUGUGAGCGAGCGGCGCCAACAUGACGGUGAUGGCUUCAAAUGAAUUUAAUAUGUCUUUUACAGAAAAUAAAUGUUGACUGAGAUCGA